CUGCAGCCUCCAGCCUUCUGCUACUCGUCCCUUGCACUACAAGCCAAAGCUUCUCUCUCUCUCUGUCGAGAUUCGAGAACCCUCCAGCAACAGCAGCAAAGGAGGUGCAAGAACAUGACCCGGCCGUCUUCUACGCCGUCCACCACGGUGCCGACGCCACCGCCGGCGGAGGAGCUACACUCGGGGGCGGCGAUCGAUGUCCUCACUGGGGACGACCUCCGCGACAUCUUCCGCCGCCUCUCCCUCGCCGACCUCCUCCGCGCCGCCCUAGCCUGCCACCGCUGGCGCCGCGUCGCUGCGCGUUGUCUGCCCCGCGCCCCUCCCCUCCUCGGCUACUUCUUCCACCCCGUCAGCACCGCUCCCCCGCCGCCCAUCGAGAUCGAGGAACCUGCGCCAAUCCACUACGACGCCGUCUUCGCCCCCCUCGACGCGUCCUCGCCGCGCCUCUCCCUCGACUUCGCCCCGGAGGCCUCCCGCUUCGAGCUCUACGACUGCCACCAGGGCCUCCUGCUUCUGCAGCCGACCGGGUCGCUCCCCAAGUCCAUCAUCCCCCGCCUCCUCGUCCUCGACCCUGCCACCCGCCGCAGCGUGCUCCUCCCGCCACCACCGCGCGACACCGUCCCCGACGACCACCGCUGGCGCGGCUCCAGGUACUACGCCGGCUCCGCGCUGCUCUCCCGCGCGCACCCCAGCAAGCUCUGCUUCGAAGCCGUCUGCUUCGCCAUCGACGACGGGCACCCGCGCGCUUGGGUCGCGUCUGUCGACAGCGGCGAGUGCCGCUGGCGUGCGCUCCCGCGGGACGAGGACGUCGCGGUCGAUUUUCAUCCCAAGUGGUUCGAGGGCCGCUGCGUGCACGCCGCCGGGAAGAUGUACUGGCACAUCUGCAACUCCGAUCGCCUGCUCGUGCUGGACCCUGCCUCGCUGCGCUUCUCCUACCUGCUGGCGCCGGCAGAGCUGGCGGAACACUACUGCACGUACCGCAUCGGGGAGACGCCGGAGGACGGGCGGCUCUGCAUCCUGGCCGUGGCGAACAGUUCGUGGCUGCAGCUCUGGGUGCGCGGCGGCGAGGCCAACAAGUGCAGCGACAACGGGUGGCUUGUCGAGAGGGAUAUCCUGCACAUGCGCGUAGUGUGGGAGGCGGUUCCAGGCCUGCCCACGGACAUGGCACAGAGGAUCUUCUGCGUUUGGCCCAGCGACAUGGACGCCGGCCGCACCGGCAAGGCCUUCAUCAGGACCUUUGGAUACGGCCGCUACUCGUUACAUCUGGACACCGGCAAGAUCGAGCGCCUUGCAACGACGGAUGGCAAGGAGUACGGGGACCCAAUCUGCGCCUACUUCCUUGCGUGGCCGCCUGCGUUCCUCGCUCCGGAGUACUACUGAAUUUCCGUUGAUUAAUUGGGUGUUGAGUCCGAAACUGGUGUUUGAAGUCAGCUCACAUCCUUUCAUCUUUGGGCCAAAGUUCCAUCUGGACCUUCACACAGCGCAAGAGAGAAAGAAGAUUACCUAGUUAUGCUUCAAGACUAUCAAAGCGGUGUCACCUCUAUAACCAGAUGAUAUUUGCAAAGGCUAUUUGUAGCACUUUUGGAUGAUUUCCUACUCCUUAAAUUGCAUGGUUGUGUGAUGGACGAUUAAAUAGCUCUCAUUUCCACGCGUGAGGCAAGCUUAGUUUCAGAACUCCUUAAAUUGCAUGGUUGUGUGAUGGACGAUCAAAUAGCUCUCAUUUGCUGCGGGAGGCAAACUUAGUUUCAGUAA